AUGUCUCCCUCCGUCAGUCAUCUUGUAGCUGAUCAUAAUGAAGUCGAGAAGUCUGUGAUUGUUACCGGCGCAUCACAGGGAAUCGGCCUAGCUAUAGCAGAAAGAAUGUCUCGGGACGGAUUCGGUGUGAUACUCAACGAUAUCGAAUUCAAAUCAAAUCAAGGCCUUUCGGCGGCCAAGAAAAUCUCCGCUGUUACCGGAAAGCCUGUGAUCUUUAUGGCAGGGGAUGUGUCGAAUGAGAAGGACGUCGAUGCCCUGGUAGAACGGGCAGUAGCUGAGUUCGGAGGACUCGACGUGAUGAUAGCCAAUGCAGGUGUCUGCACGGUCAACUCAUUGAUGGAUACUUCAUUAGACGAGUGGAAUCUGAACAUGAACGUUAAUGCUUUGGGAGUUUUAUACUGUUAUCGCUCUGCCGCUAGGCAGAUGAUCAAACAGGGCCGUGGAGGGAGAUUGAUUGGUGCAUCCACCUUUACAUGCUUCAAAAUAGCAUUGGAAUGGGCUCCUUACAAGAUCACUGCUAACUGCUAUUCUGGUGGUUGCGUCAACACAGAUAUGCACAUUGGUGCUGCUCAAGUUGUCAGCGAGCGCAUGAACCUUCCGAAAGAAAUGUUACUGAAGGGGGCAUAUUCGAAUGUCCCCCUUGGUUAUUGCGGCCAGCCUGAUGAUUUCACUGGCCUGGUUUCUUUCCUAGCUUCUCCGGCCUCGCACUACAUAACUGGGCAAACGAUCGGGGUAGACGGUGGUUUACAAAUGAAUUAA